GGCCAACCUAAGAUUUAAUUCAAUUCUUUCAACCAUCACUACACAUUGAGGCACUUCUUCGUUAUGAAGUUGGUGGUAUUCAUAUUCUGUGGUUUGCUGAUGGUUCAAAUCAUCAUUGGUUUUAAAAAAGUCCCUGAAUUUAACUCUGCUAAAGAUGAUGAGCAUGCAACAAUGCAAAAGGCAGGCGAGGAUGUAGCUUCCAUAAAUAAUAACAACUCCACUGAAGAGAAGUCAAAGCUCCAAACUGGAGACAGUAUCGAGAGUAAAGCAUUUGAUGAAGAUGAAUGUGAGCUGGAAAACACUAAGCAAACAAUAGAAGGAGUAAUGAAGGAUGAAGGUAUCAACAAUAAAGAGGUAAAUUGGAAAGACAUCCAUCAUCAUGCAACAGAAGGUAUCAACAUUAAAGAGGUUAUGUCUAAGUACUCUCUACAAAUGGAAAAUGGUCAGCAACCAUUGAUUGUUGUUAUAUCCAACGGACCACAGGGAAACCAUGAGAUUACACUUUGUCUGGUGACAAAGGACGGGGAAGCCGAACCAAAAUCCGGGAAACAGACAGAAAACAAGGGAUCUAUCCAGCCAACAACAUGGUGGCGAAGACUUUUCCAAUACCUAGUUGCUUCCCUGUACUGGCUCAGCAGUAACGCCAUACAAAUACUUGGGUUCGUUAGUCAAUUGUACGGUUUUUGGGAGCGAUACAAUAGAAGAUAUCAUAGAGAUAUGGAGAUACAAUUACUGGUCAUAUCCAGUUCAGGUACAAUCAUCUUGUAUUCAGUAAGCAUGAAUUAG